CUGCCGGCUAAAGGAACUUCUGUAGCUGUCAGUACCGCAGCAUCUAUGGGCAGCGGGGCAUCCUCGAAGCUUGUGGAAGGUGUGAAGGGGGCUAGCCAAGAAGAGCUCAAGGACUCCGUCAAGGAUCUGUCUGCGCAGGAACGAACCAGGAUCCUAUCCGCAAUUGCGAUGGUGGAGUUGUCCGGAGCCUACAGGGCGUCUGCCAGUGACGGCGACUGGGGAGACUAUGACAUCACGAUCACAUUCAAGAGCGCUUCAGAAGCCACGGUCAAGGUGUCAAAUGUCUGCUUUAGGGACAGCCCAGGUGACCACAAUCUCUAUGAGGGCAGCUUCAGCGUGGCAGGCGACAUUGUGACUUUCACCUCCUCCAAGGUCACCGAUGAAGUGGCCAAUAAAACGGAAGAGAAAGUCGAGACCAUGAAGUUCAAGAUUCAGUCUGAUGGUUCCCUUGCCAAAGUUGCGGAGGAUGGCAGCAUUGAGGAAAUCCAAGGGGGCUACGCAGGAGAGAAAGUCCCAGCCAUCCUGAAGAAACAACCGAGCAAAUAA